CCGAGGUCCUUGGGGCCGGGGUAUGUGUGUGUGCGCGCGCGCGCGUGUGUGCGCGCGGGGUGGGGAAACCCCCACCAAGUGAGCCAACUCCGGUGGCUGGAAAGGAGCUGAACGCCUGGCUGAAAGGGGAGACGUGCUGGGAAGUGAAGUGCUCCCCUACCUGAGCCGUGGGACGACUGCUGCUCCUCCCCCACCCCACCCCCGCCGGCCGGCGUGGGGGCCCGGUGGCCACGUCUGCGCCCCCCCACCCUGUCCCCGGCCAUGCGGAUCCGGAUGGCCGUGAGGUGGACAUGGGCAGGCAAGAGCUGCUUGCUGCUGGCGCUUCUCACAGUAGCUUACAUCCUGGUGGAGUUCUCCGUCUCCACUUUGCACGCCUGGCCCGGGGCCAGCCAAGCCGGGCCCCGGGGGUCAGGACGGCUCUCAAACCUCGACCAAACGGGAGAAGAUUUGUCUCGCCCUCUUUAUGAGAAGCCCCCCGCAGAUUCCCGCGCGCUUGGGGAGUGGGGGAGACCGAGCAAGCUCCAGCUGAGCGAGGGCGAACAGAAGCAGCAGGAGGAACUCAUCGAGAGAUAUGCCAUUAACAUUUACCUCAGUGACAGGAUUUCCCUGCACCGCCACAUCGAGGAUAAAAGGAUGUACGAGUGUAAGUCCCAGAAGUUCAACUACAGGAAACUCCCCACCACCUCGGUGAUCAUCGCUUUCUAUAACGAAGCCUGGUCCACUCUGCUCCGCACCAUUCACAGUGUUUUAGAAACCUCCCCUGCGGUCCUCUUGAAGGAGAUCAUCUUGGUGGAUGACCUGAGCGACAGAGUUUAUUUGAAGGCACAGCUCGAAACCUACAUCAGUAAUCUGGACCGCGUCCGCUUGAUUCGAACCAAUAAGCGAGAGGGUCUGGUGAGAGCCCGCCUAAUUGGGGCCACUUUCGCCACUGGGGAUGUCCUCACUUUCCUGGAUUGUCACUGCGAGUGUAAUUCUGGGUGGCUGGAGCCCCUGCUAGAAAGGAUUGGUAGUGAUGAGACAGCAAUUGUUUGUCCCGUUAUCGAUACCAUUGACUGGAAUACUUUUGAGUUCUAUAUGCAGACCGGAGAGCCCAUGAUUGGUGGGUUUGACUGGCGUUUGACAUUCCAGUGGCAUUCCGUCCCCAAACACGAAAGGGACCGGCGGACCUCAAGAAUCGAUCCCAUCAGAUCGCCCACGAUGGCUGGAGGGUUGUUUGCUGUCAGCAAGAAGUAUUUUGAGUACCUGGGAACAUACGACACGGGCAUGGAGGUGUGGGGAGGUGAGAACCUAGAGCUGUCUUUUCGGGUGUGGCAGUGCGGCGGCACGCUGGAGAUCCACCCGUGUUCACACGUGGGCCAUGUGUUCCCUAAGCGGGCGCCGUACGCCCGCCCCAAUUUCCUACAGAAUACUGCUCGGGCCGCGGAAGUAUGGAUGGAUAAGUACAAAGAGCAUUUCUACAACCGAAACCCCCCGGCCCGGAAAGAAGCUUAUGGGGAUAUUUCUGAAAGAAAAAUACUACGAGAACGACUGAGAUGCAGAAGUUUUGACUGGUAUUUGAAUAACGUGUUCCCUAACUUACAUGUACCAGAAGAUAGGCCAGGCUGGCACGGGGCUAUUCGCAGUCUGGGCAUCUCUUCCGAAUGUUUAGAUUACAAUUCUCCCGAAAACAACCCCACAGGUGCGAACCUUUCAUUGUUCGGAUGUCACGGUCAAGGAGGCAAUCAGUUCUUCGAAUAUACGUCGAACAAUGAAAUAAGGUUUAAUUCUGUCACCGAGUUAUGUGCAGUGGUCCCUGAACAAAAAAAUCAUGUAGGAAUGCAAACCUGUCCUAAAGAUGGACUCCCCGUCCCAGUCAAUAUUAUUUGGCAUUUUAAACCAGAUGGGACCAUAUUUCAUCCACACUCGGGAGAGUGUCUUAGUGCUUAUCGGACACCUGAGGGCCGACCUGGUGUACAAAUGAGGACUUGUGAUGCCCUAGAUAAAAAUCAGAUCUGGAGUUUUGAGAAAUAGAAAAGCACAACGGAUUUUUGUUUUGUUUUGCUCAUGAGCUGACAAUAACUCAAAAGGCAGAGAGUCCCAGUGAAGAUUAUGUUUUACCGGAAGUCAUCCAGCAGUCAUCUAUGAAGGGACCAGAGAGUUGUGGUUCACUCAGGAAUAUUACACUGAAACUGGGGGCAGAGUGCUGCUGUUUAAUAUAUCCGUGCCUUACUGAUGGGUUGUUGUUGUUUUAUGUAAAAGCUUUGUUGAUAGGGUCUCUUACUUCUCUUGAAAGAAACUGUGAAUUGAGAUACACAAAACACUUUUUAAGUGUCAGACAUAAUGUUUAAGAAUGUAAAAGUCCAAGCAAAGUGAAAUAUGAGUUAUGCUGUGUAUUAGUG